CCACGUUCGGUGGCGGUCGUGAAAUAGAAUUGUGAACGGCGGUCAAACAAGCGAAAAAAGAAAGAGAGAGAGAGAAAAAAAAGAGAUUCGGAGGAGCGUGAACGAACGGAUAUCCGAGAGAGAAACAGGAACAGGACCGAAGAGUGCCGAGGGUGGCGAGGGGACUGUGCGCGUUACGCCGUCGCUCGAUCCCCACAACGAAAAGCUCCGCCGUGCGUCUUGCUGUUGCUUUGUGCUCCUCCUAACAUUCACGAUUUCCGUGCCCUCAUCGUGCGUAUGUGUUCUCGCGUGUGUUCGUCCGUACGUUGAGUGUGGGAGUGGACGUAGUACACCAUCAGCGUCGGUGUCGCUGUUGGUCAGUUUCCGUUUAUGCUUUUAACCACCGUGUCGCGUACGACACAUAGACGACGUGCCGCGACGACGAGCAGCGCGUAGUGUGUCCAAACUGCGGCAGGAAAGAGAUACGAGUGCCAGUAGAGGAAGAGCGAAAGAAGGAGGCGGCGGUGGUGGUGGCGGUGGAGGAGGCGGGGGAGGCAGUGGUACGGAGUGACGGAUUUGUUUUCUUGCACAACGGUGGAGCAAAACGGCCUCAAACUGUGGGGCUCUGGGGCGUUUUUCCUUCCUCCGCAAGGGAUGUACUACCCUCAUAUGGUGCAGACAGGGAUGGCUGCGCCUUAUGGUGGGGGUGUCUUCCCACCUCCGGUGAACGGAGUUGCAGGCGUCGUGGGGGCGGCUGGUGCAGCCGGUGACGUUAAGCCACCACCGCCAGUGCCGGUAAAGGAGGAGAACGCCGGUGCGCCUCAGCAACCACCCCCGGCCGGCGGGCCCCAAGUGCCGCCCGCCGCGGGCGCGCCACAUCCCUCCGCCCCUGGUGCGCCGACAGCUACCAGCUUCAGUCCGCCUCCGCCUCCAAAUGGAGUUGAUCAACAAGCCAUCUCGGAGGUAUUCCAGGCUGCGGUCGCGGCAGCGGCGGUUGCUGCUGCGGGAGGUGGCGGUCAACAACCAGCGCCGACACCGGGACCUGGCAAUGAGAGUAACCCCGACGGUGGAGUGGAGGCCGCGUUGGCACCUGUCACCUCGGGCGCGACGACACCGGCAACAGCGACACAAGGCACCGACCUCAAAGGUCAACCAAAGCGUUUACAUGUCAGCAACAUACCCUUCCGCUUCCGAGACCCUGACCUCAGGGCAAUGUUCGGGCAAUUCGGGCCAAUUCUGGAUGUGGAAAUCAUAUUUAACGAAAGAGGAAGCAAGGGAUUCGGUUUUGUAACAUUCGCAAAUAGUGCUGACGCGGACCGGGCACGUGAGAGACUACACGGCACCGUGGUUGAGGGAAGAAAGAUUGAGGUGAACAACGCAACAGCAAGGGUGCAGACGAAAAAACCGCCAACGGUACCGAACGUGUGUGUUCAAUGGCCAGAGGCCGCGGCACUUAGAGGAGUAGCGAUACAACGUAGAGUUGGAGCGACUAGGGCAGCGGCGGCUGCUUUUCCAACCAGUGCGGCCGCACUAGCAUUGGCCAGGACUCCAGGGCCACUCGCAGCGGCGGCUGCGGCCACGGCCCUCAACCCCUUUGCACCCACCGCUGUUUAUUACGACCCCUUCCUCGCAGCACACGCAGCGACUACGGAUCCCAACUACAGGUUGCAGCUGGAAUGGCCUCAAGCAACAGCUGACGCCGCGGCUGCAGCGGCUGCAGCUUCUCCGUUGUUGAAGACACCUCUGUCGACGGCACAGCAAGCUACGUACGCAGCUGCAGCGACAUAUACGGCGGUAGCUGCGCGCGCAUACAACGCAGCUGCGGCUGCAGCACAGCCGGUCGCAGGAUAUGCCGCAGUCGCGGGUUACGGGCGUGAAUACGCCGAUCCUUACAUCGGACAUGGCAUUGGACCUGUGGCGGGAUACGGGGCGACAGUGUACAGAAGUGGUUACAAUAGGUUUACGCCGUACUAAUGAAUGAAUCGCAAGCGGGGAACGCGAGAGCCUUCCAAGUUACACACCGUUAUACUCAGCAAAACAUGACCAUGUAACACACAAGUCAAGACAAUUCAUCACCGUCAUUUUGCCAUUAUCGAGAUCGCUUACAAUGUGCGAUGUCUGGAUUCUCUACGCACGACCGGUUUUACUUCCAGUUUUACUCCUACAGGAACGUUCUGAAGAAGUGAAGAAAUAAAGCGGGAAGUUUUUGAUAGUCUUGUCAACACACCGAAAUCGUCCGAUCGAAACUGAGACUGUUGUGUUAAUAAUGUAAAACACUAUCUACGUUAAAUCUUCAAGUUAUAUCUGACACAAGCAGCAGCUGAAUAGGCAAGAAAAAUAAAUUCUGUAAACGCAGCGAUAGAGCGGCGACCGGGGCGCAUCAGACUGUUGACUCGUGCUUGACAGGAAAUCGCCUUUCCAAUUCAGCAGUUCUUUGUAAUUGUGAUUUUUUUUUUUUCAGUCUCGCAAUCUAAUCAAUAUCGAUCUGAAAGUUGAAAAAAACUAAGGUUGAAAGUUUUAAAUGUACUUGAUUGUGACAGUAGACAUCCGUCAUUUUAUCGAUAUUCUUGCUCUGCACAACAACAAACGCGCAAAACUACUUUUAAGAUAAAUAUCACCAGCAGAGAGGCAUAGAUUUCAGUUGACACGAGCCGACACAACAAGAUGAUCCGCAAACUCUUUAGGUAGCUAGUUAAAAAAAAAAAAAAAAAAAAAAGAGAGAGAAAAAGAGGAAAACCGACUUAGAAAGAAAGAAACAAAGGCAUCCAUGUGACCGGUAGGGUUUCUAUGCCAAAUAUAUGUGUGUGUGCACGCUUAUUGCGCGCGUGUGUAUGUGUGGGUUUGCGAACCGAACUCUCGUUCGCGGUUAAACUAAAAGAGUAGCGGAACCGACGAAGGAAAACUAAGAGAAAGAACCGCUUAGACAUUCUGAAAUCACUCGGAUUCUGAUUGCACAGAAUCUAGUCAAAUCGGUUCCUUGCAAUAAAGCGCAUCUCCUCCGAUUCUUAUUUAGUUUCUACAAUUUGAUUAGCAUCUCGUUUUUCACGCGCAUGCUCCGACAUGUCGAAUCAUCAUCAUAAAAAGUACUUCCGUACAAAAAUUUGCUUUUAAUCGAUAAAACACACUUGUGAAAUGUACACUCUCUUCUUUUGGUCCAACAACGAAAUAUCAGGCAAAAUCGAGUAAAAGAAAAAGGAAAACAUGACAGUUCUCUACGUUUUUGUGUAUCAGAACGAGUAAGCAAUGGAGCAGCGAGUGCAUUUAUCUCAUCUCAUUUUUUAUUCAGUAGGAAUCUGAUUUUAACAUCAGUUUAUCGCGCCAAGUCGAAGCAUGUACCACUUAUUUAUUCCUUAGUUAAGCAAUUGAACGGACAUGACAACUUUUUUUUUUUUUUUUAUAAUACGAUAAACGUUAAGCCAGAGUUCACGUUACGUAAGCGCAGAAUCUCAAUGCCAGUGGAUAAAAGCACAUUUGCAAAUAUAGUCAAGAAAAAUUGCGCUUCACGGCGUGAGCGAUCUUAUAGAGCCGCACGAGCUUUCUUCGCGAUGCUACUAAGUCGGACUACCGCUAUUGUAAUCAUUAACAAGCAAUAUUAAAUACUCUUUAGCGUGACGUUGCAUACCCUCAGCAGGUCGUUUCGGUUCCUCGAUGUCUACGGAUGCGCGCGUCCUUGUAAAACGGAUUCGUCUUCUUGUGUACUGAAGGAUAUAAAUUAGGUUCAGCUAAAUACCGAUCCAGUUGCAGCGAAAUAAAUUCAGUAGUUGAAAACGCCGGUAUAAAAUAGAUAUACUUCACGUUAAGUAGAAAAGAACGUUAUUAUAACAGCUGUUUCUUGCAAAAUAAGAUACGUCUCAUUUACAUAUAUACAAUAUAUAUAUAUAUAUAUAUAUGUAUAAAAUACGUGACAUAUGCACAUAAAUACGACGAUCUUAAUUUUAAGAUCGAAGUAUGUAGAGCAUGUAGCUGUCUCGAUGGUUCUUUUUUUUAUUUUUUUUUUUGUCUCAAAUAUGAUAUUAAAUUUUGUAUAUGUUUAUUUUUUUAUACACAUAUAUUAAUUUGUACGUUAUUUAUAGAGCACUCUUUUUAAUAGAGAUUAUAUUUCUCAAAAAACGCACAUAAAACAUUUUUAACAUCUGAUGUCCUUGCCAUUUAUAAACUGGUCUCUAAGUAUAACAUUUAACAACAUAAGUACGACUACUGCUAAUUUUUGUACCGGCGUUUUGUUUUUGUUUUUGUUUGUUUGUUUUUUUUUUUUGUUUUUUUUAUCAUCAAUUUUCUUUCUCAUGAACGUAAAUAUCUGCUUCCUGACUGAGUAGAUAUAUCGGUAUUAUGAUAUACAGAA